AUGAUGCAUCCGAGACUAUGGAGAGCCCUGUUUUUGAUGAGCGUCUUGUACCAGCUGGGGAUGGCAGGCAAAUACGGUUGUCUCUUUGAGAAGAGGCUAUGUUCCAGAGAACAGGUCUGCAUGGAUGACAGGUUGUUUGGGCAGUGUCAGAGCUCUAGGCAGGAGCAGGUUCAGUACCAGGUGUCUGUACCUGUUCUGCAGAGACUACAGGAAGUGCUCAAACACCUCAUGAUGCAGGGUUUCUCUUGGCAGGAUGACAUCACCCAGCACAUUGUUGCUAAAGAGCUGAGUCGUGUUCCUCACACUCGUGUCCAUAGGACACAGACAGUUCAAUCCAGUCAGCCCUCUUCCAAACAGGCCUACCCAAAUUCCAAGUCUGAGUCCAACCUAGCACAGAAUUAUGUGGAUUACAUGAUUCUAGAUCCUUCUCAGUCAUCCAUGCGCAUGCAGACCAUACCGUUGGAUCCCUACACCUAUCACCAGGACGAUCUGGAGCGCUCUCUCCUCACUCACGGCGCGUACGCCCGCCCCCCCUCGCGGACGGGAGCGUCUCAGAGAGACAGGGACAGAGACAGAGACCGGCAGCUGCUGCAGGAGGCGGAGGCGAUGUCUCUGUACCUCUCCUCUGCACAGCCUUCCUUUCGCCACCGGGGGGCAGCAGCCCUCCCCGCCGCACCCUACUAUGAGGACCUGGACUUCACUUUAGACUACAGGGAAGACUACGCCCCUCACCAGCGUCCGACUGGACGCCAGCGUCAGAAUAAAAAAGUACCACAGGACCACAGUACCCUGAAUGGAAUGGAUGAGAUUACUCUGGCCAGGUUGGUCGCCCUGUUGGAUGGAUUUGGGGUGGACCCGCGAGAUUUGAGUCCUCAGCAGCUCCAGAAGCUCUCUCUUCUACUGCAGCUGCUUCAGGCAGAGCAAGAACAGACUCCGGCUCCAGGCACAGUCUCUCUGAAGGAGGUGGAACUGGUGGAGAGCAGUGACACUGUGACUCAACACACCGCCAAAACCCCGUCGCCUGCAUCCACCUUAACCUCCACCGCAGAGCCCCGGCCGGCCCCUACGCCCGCACGAACCCCGGCCGUCCCCGCGUCCGCACCCAGAGGGGAAAGCGGGGCCAUACAGAAGCCCACGGCGUCUGUCGGGGACACGCAGGUUAAAGUAAAAAACCUCGGCGUUCUAAAUCCAGAGACCAAGGCUGAAGACGGGACGCAUGUCCGUGAGGAGUACGGCUACAUUGUGACCAAUCAGAGCCCCCUGAGUUUGUAUGAUGGGGUGAAACUUCUAGAGACACUGGCAGAACGAAUCCAUCUUACAACCAGCAGCUUCAUCAACAUCAGUGUUGUGGGCCCUGCUCUGACAUUCCGCAUUCGUCAGAACUCUCUGAAUCUGAGUGCAGAGGAUGUCGCCAGUAAAGCUGUGGCUGAGAAAAGUUUCCUCGAGAGUGAGACGGGUCUGAAGAUCAUUCAGACAGGAGUUGGUGAGAGGAGCGAGAGGCGAGGGUUGCCCCAGGCGACGCGAAUAGGAGAGGGCUCCCGUGGGGUUGUCCUGACGAUGGUUGCCAUGGUAUGUGUCGGGGCGGUUCUGUUGGUGGCGCUGGCCAUCGCCUGCUUACGUCAUCACGCCCGGCAGUUGACCGCGGGGAAACUGGGGCUGGGGCCGGAGGGCGGGGCAGAGACUCACUUUGAUUAUCAGGAAUUGUGCAGACAGCACAUGGCAGCAAAAUCGUCCUUUAGCCGUCCGGAGCCAGGCGGUCGGAGGGGUACGGAUACAUCGAGGGUCAGCAGUGUGUCGUCCCAGUUCAGUGACGGACCCCAACACAGCCCAAGCUCUCACAGCAGCACACCGUCCUGGAGCGAAGAACCAGCCCAGUCUAACAUGGACAUCUCUACUGGACAUAUGAUACUGGCCUAUAUGGAGGAUCAUUUGAAGAAUAAGGAUCGUUUACUGAGGGAGUGGGAAGCGUUGUGUGCGUACCAGGCUGAACCCAGCACAGUCACUCUGGCUCACAAUGAAAAAAACAUGGAGAAGAACCGCUACCCCGAUUUUGUGCCCUAUGACCAUGCCCGGGUGAAGCUGAAGGCAGAGAACAACCCCUCACACGAGGACUACAUCAAUGCCAGCACUAUAAUUGACCAUGAUCCUCGGAUGCCUGCCUACAUUGCCACACAAGGCCCCCUCGCUCAUACGAUCCCUGACUUCUGGCAGAUGGUGUGGGAAAAUGGCUGUACGGUCAUAGUGAUGAUGACAGCCCUGGUGGAGGAUGGGGAGCAGCAGUGUGAACGCUACUGGCCCGAUGAAGGAUCUUCCCUCUACAACAUCUAUGAGGUGAACCUGGUCUCAGAGCACAUCUGGUGUAAAGACUUCCUAGUGCGUAGUUUUUAUGUGAAGAACGUCCAGACCCAGGAGACCCGCACUCUGACCCAGUUUCACCUGCUCAGCUGGCCGGCCCAGGGCAUUCCCACGUCCACGCGCCCCCUGCUGGACUUCCGCAGGAAGGUAAAUAAGUGCUACCGUGGUCGGUCUUGCCCAAUCAUCGUACACUGCAGUGAUGGCACUGGUAGAACUGGCACCUACAUCCUCAUUGACAUGGUCCUUAACCGUAUGGCAAAAGGAGUAAAAGAGAUCGACAUUGCGGCUACACUGGAGCAUAUUCGGGACCAGAGAGCACAUAUGGUGCGCACUAAGGACCAGUUUGAGUUUGCCCUGACAGCCGUGGCAGAGGAGGUGAAUGCCAUCCUGAAAGCCCUUCCCCAGUGA